AUGGAUAUCAAGGUCUUGAUCCAAUCUGGUGACAUACUGGACCUCUAUCGGGACUCCAGCAGAGUGUUACAGGCACUCGCCGACGAUGGAUGGAUCGUGCUGAAAAACGCCAAAGAUACAAACUCCGUCGAGUUAGUCGCGGAUAAUCAGCACGUCCGUUACCUCAUGAGACCCGACUUCCUAUCUGAUCUACCAUUCCUGGUGCCCGCUUCUCUACUGGACAACUCCUCAUUUGAGCACUUCCCUGAGUGGGAGAAGUUCGCAGAUAAGAAAGACGAGGUCCUCUGCGUGACUGCUUAUCAUCUCCACAGAAAAGAUAACAAGUCGCGGUGGAGGUGGCACUAUUAUAUAGGAGACAGAGAGGGUAAUCAACCGAAGUGCAUUCCAGCCAACGGUGGAGACGUGUACGCGAAACCUAAACCUCAAACAGCGAGUCUGCCAUUAGCUUCCUACAGGAUCAUAUGCAGUGGUUGGCUGUUACGACAGCUGCCCUGGCCAGAAGACCAAGCAGACCUAUUCGUAGUAAACUAUCGUCGGUCGGACUAUCAUUGGGAAAAUGUAGGAUAG